UGGGAAACCGAGUCCACGCUUUCAAUAAUUCAAGCCGUUCCCUUUCCUCCAACGCUAACAAGAUGCCGGCCGUACAUCACAAACUGCUCCUGGAGGACGCCUUACAGGACAGUCCUCAGACUCGCUCCUUGCUCAGUGUGUUUGAGGAGGAUGCUGGGAAUCUGACAGACUACACCAACAAGCUGCUUCAGUCAAUGCAGCGGGUGUAUGGAGCCCAGAGUGAGAUGGGCUUGGCCACAGAGCAGCUCUCACAGCAACUUCUGGAAUAUGAGAAAAAAAAUUUUGCCCUUGGAAAAGGUGAUGAAGAGGUAAUCAUCACGCUGCAGAACUUCGCCAAAACCGUAGGGGAGCUGAACGCGCUUCACUCUGAGCUCGCCAACCAGAUGGCAGACAGCAUGGUUUUCCCUUUGAUUCAGUUUAGAGAGAAGGAUCUCACAGAGAUAAGCACACUGAAGGAAAUAUUCAGCAUUGCCACGGAUGAGCACGAGGCAGCUAUGGUCAGAUACAGCCGGCUGCCCAAGAAGAAGGAGAACGAGAAGAUGAAGUCAGACCUGGUGAAGGAGGUGGCCUACACUAGAAGGAAGCAGCACCAGGCCUCGCUGCAGUAUUACUGCGCCCUCAACGCCCUGCAGUACCGCAAGAGAGUAGCCAUGCUCGAACCUAUGCUAGGCUACACACAGGCACAGGUUAUCUUCUUCAAAAAAGGCAUUGAAAUGGUGUCAAAGAAGGUGGACAACUUUCUCUCCUCCGUUUCCAACAUGACUCAGAGUAUCCAGAACCAGCUGGAUACAGAAGCGGAGUCCAUGCGUGUGUCCCAGAAGGAGCUUCUGUCUGUUGAGGACACCGUCUACAUGCCAGAUAAGGACACUGAGCCUGUCAAUCGUACGCUUAUCCAGAAAGCUGGCUACCUCAACAUUAGGAAUAAAACAGGCCUAGUGACCACAGCUUGGGACCGACUGUUCUUCUUCACCCAGGGAGGCAACCUCAUGUGCCAGCCCCGCGGGGCGGUGGCGGGGGGCAUGGUGCUGGACCUGGACAACAGCUCCGUCAUGGCGGUGGACUGUGAGGACAGACGCUACUGUUUUCAGAUAACCUCCCCUUCAGGCAAAACGUCCAUGAUUCUACAAGCAGAGAGCAAAAGGGAAUAUGAAGAAUGGAUUUGUACUGUCAACAACAUCUCCAGACAGAUCUACCUGACUGACAACCCAGAGGCUGUGGCCAUCAGACUGAACCAAACUGCCAUCCAGGCAGUCACCCCCAUCACUAGCUUUGAGAAGAGACCAGAAGGCUCGCCCAACCCUGACAGAGCAAAGCCCGGAGGCGUACACACUACUGGCAGUUCCCAGAAUGCAGGAGCAGCUCCGGAAGCCGACGACCUGAUAGCACCUGGGACUCCCAUUCAGUUUGACAUCAUGCUGCCUGCGUCCGAGUUUCAGGACCAGAACAGGGCCGGGGGGAGACGCACAAAUCCGUUUGGAGAAACAGAUGAUGACUGUUCAACAGAAAGUGACGACUCCCUCCUGCAGCAGGUCUUCGCCGUGCGCUUCCUGGGCUCGAUGGCGGUGCGCUGUGGCAACAAUCAGGAAGUGAUCUAUGAGGCCAUGAGGCAGGUGCUGGCUGCUCGAGCCAUCCACAACAUCUUCAGGACCACUGAGUCCCACCUCAUGGUCACCAGCAGUAACCUCCGGUUGAUUGACCCUCAGACUCAAGUUACAAGAAUAAGUUUCCAGCUCGGGGAGGUUACUCAGUUUGCCGCCCACCAGGAGAACGGGAGGCUGAUGGGAUUUGUGGUGGAGGGCAGAGACUGGGGGGACGGUGAGGAGGAGGGAGAGCCCUCGUUCAGCGCCUUCGUAUUUGAGAGCAACACGGAGGGCGAAAAGGUUUGUUACACCAUAAGCUUGGCGAAGGACAUUACAGAGGCAAAGAAGGACCCUGAGGCCCUGGCCCAGCUGAUGAAAAACAUGCCUCUGACCAAUGACGGCAAAUUCCUGCUGCUCGACGCUGAGACAGGCGAUACAACCAACGGAGACGGACAAGAAGACCUCGAGUCUGAGGCCUAGAGUCCAAUGCCCCCCCCAAAAAAACCUUAAACCCACUCCUACCAAGGCCGCGGUCCGACUCUUGCCCAGGAGAGAAGGCCUUCCCUGGAUGAAGUUAUCAUGACCUUCUAGCCCUAACUCUGGUACUGUAACACCAAUAUUAGAGAGUGUAGUUCUCUUCACUUACCCUGUGUUACUAGAUCUCCAGUGUUUUUGCUGUAAUGAGAGCAGAAGACUUUGGCGGGGGGGGUGUGGGGGGGUUACGUGGAUCUAAAAGCACAUCUUUUGGGCACUCCCAUUAGAUCUGCUUUUUUAAGGUCAGACUGCAACAUGGGUGUUUGGAUUUGUUUUAAACCCUUGUGGAUGGUACUUACAUGAAAAGGGAAACUAUAUAGGUAUUGAUUAUGUUUCAUUGUCUUCUAAUAUUUUAAGACAUCUAAGACGGUGGUGAAUCAUUUGCUUCAGUAUAGGUUUACAUUCCAUUUACGGUUUACAUAGUCUUUGAGUCGGACUUUCUUCCUUUACAUUGUUUAACUUGUAUGCAACUACUUUGGCAUUUAUUUCUUGUUUAUUUGUGUACAAAAUGACAUUGCACUUCCUUUGAACAAUGCUUGAUGGCUGCAGAAUGCACUUAUUCAGAAAGUUGAAGGAUCUUAAACUGUUAAGAUGAUGAAGGUCUAAAAUGUUGUUUAUGUAUUCCUUAUUAUUUUACAUUGGACAAAACGGGCAUGAAAGAGAAAUUUGAACAGUUUUGAUCUUUCUGCCACUCUCUAAAGCAAUCCUGUUCAACUGAAUUUAACUCAUAUUCUACAUUUAGACUCCUCUACCGGUACUUGACAAGUCUUAAGAUAAUGUGCAUGCAGAGUUCCAGCGAGCUGUCCAAAUUAUUCUUCACUAAAAGUAAACAUAGGUUGCACUCUUCUCUCUUGAAAGCCUUUGUAAAUAUGAACUGUUUGAGUGUCUGUAUGAUGUGUAAUCAGAGUUGCCUGCAUUAAAGGUCCCAUAUUAUGCUUU